AUAUAAUGCAAAGUUGGUUAUGAGGCUGUCAUAGGAUACUGACUGUUUGAUAAUAUUUUUAGUUGUUUUGUAAUUAAUAAGCAUCAAUCCUAAAUCAGGUCUUCACAACCUCGCAUGCUGCAAGUUGGACGGAUCUGUAAUUAAGUUUUCUGGUAAAAUUAUAUUCUCACCCAUCUGCUCUCACACGCUGUUUAACUAACUAGCAUUUCAAUCAUAAUUUUAAUGUUGAUAAUAUCAGUGGUCCAGAGAAUUAGGCAUCACUCGCAUGUUGACUCCAAACGUUUUGACUGUUUCUGCAAUGAUCUCAUACACAGAAGUGACCAAAACUCGGUCUAUGAGAUGUGUAUUGAUGGAUACGGUGCGCUUGGCUAGAUAUGUUAUUGAUAUCCUUAGAAGCAGCUAAUUCGGAUAAAAUAUAAGCAUUCUAGCUUUUUACGCCAAACCGAAUGAUACAUAAAAGCACUUGUUUUAUCAUUAUAACCGACUUGGCUAAAUAUGCCAUUAGACAGGUAAUUUUAUACGCUCUUGUGAAUAAUCUACUGGUAGGGAAACUCAAAAUAACGACUUGAUACUCUUGACUUCUGAUUUAAGUAGCAUAUUUUGCUUUAACGUAAUUUGUACAGGCGACAUUAGUUACAUGUAUGGACGGAUAAUACUAGUUACAUGUACAAAUUAAUAUUAUUUUUACUGUUAGCUUAAACUUUUGCUGAUCGUACGUCACUUACUGAUUUUAGAUAUUUGGGCUGUAUGAAAAUGGCUGUUAAUUGUAAGACCGCUAGUCAUGAACCGAGUACCGACGGAGAUGUCCAAUCCACUACAUCUCAAAAUGAUGACCAUGCUAAUCAGCCACGAGAUCCCCAUACAAUAGGAAAAAAAAUAAAUGAGUACCAGGCACUCAUGAGUUUAAUCAAGGGUAAUAUUGGCACUGGGAUACUUUCUAUGCCAGUUGUUCUGAGAUAUGCUGGUCUGUGGACUGGAUUUACUAUGAUUAUAGUAUCAGGGAUUUUGUCAACUUACUUAAUGCAUGUUCUUUUGAGAACUGCCAAUGCAGUUCAGCAAAGACAUAAUUGGGAUAGAUCAAAAAUGGAUUAUGCCGAGACCGCAUUUCUAGUGCUCAAAUAUGGUCCAGAAAGAUUAAGAAAGCCCAAAGGAAAGUUGAAACAUACGGUCAAUGGAUUUUUGAUUUUGACACAAGUUGGGUCUUGUUGUGUUUACACCCUAUUUAUCACCGAAAAUAUUCGAUAUUUUUUAAUGUCCUUCUUCCCACAUCUAACUCUCAAUGUGUAUCUAGUGGGAUUUAUUGUUUGUCUAAUACUAAUUCUAAUGAAUUUUAAAAGUAGUAUGCGUGUAGUCACCUAUUUAUCCGGUUUGGCUAAUAUAUGCACUGCAAUUGGUAUGAUAUUAAUAUUCAUCUAUUUAUUCACAUCUGGAUUACAUUCAAUAUAUGAAUUUCCGGCUAUUACCAAUUUCAAUGGUCUACUAAUUGCAUUUAGUAUUGUCAUGUUUUCAUUUGAAGGAAUUAGUCUGGUAUUACCUAUUCAAAGUAAAAUGAUUGAUCCUACUGGAUAUGGUUUACCAUUUGGUGUUUUAACUACUGGCAUGAUUAUUGUUAUCUGUAUGAAUGUAGCUGUUGGAUUUUAUGGGUUUUUAAAAUUUGGUGAAGAAUCUGAAGGAAGUAUCACGUUAAAUAUACCGCAAGUGCCUUAUUGGUUUGCUCCAGUUAAACCAUUGUUUAUCAUAGCAAUGUUUGUCAGUUAUUUAUUACAAUAUUAUGUACCAGCACAAAUAUUCAGUCGAUUAAUGGAGAAAUUAACGUGUCAUCAUGAAGCGUCGGGUCGUCGACGAUAUAUUAAUUUGAAAUUAAUGCGAAUUAGUCUGGUUAUAUUCUCAUAUGCAGCAGCUGUUUUAAUUCCUCGAUUAGAUUUAUUAUUAUCAUUGAUUGGAUCAUUGGCUGGAUCAACACUUGCUUUUAUAUUACCUGCUACUUUAGAAAUAAUUUUCUUAUGGCCUGAUCGUCAACAAAUCUCAUGGUUUUGGUUAACAGUAUUUACUAAACAUAUCAUCUUUAUAUCCAUUGGUCUUUUAAGUUGUUUUGGUGGUUUAAUUGCUACAAUUAUACAAAUUAUUGAAGCAUUCCACUCUAAAUAA